CCAACAAGAUGCUGUUGAACACGAUUAAUUGGUUAUUAACUUCAAGGCAAUCUCAGCUGAGGAUAAUCACGAGGGCAUUUUUGUUAACCUUUUAAGCACCCGAUUACACUGAUACACAAACUCAGAGGGUAUUAGAUUGUAAGUAACUUCACAAACACAAGAAAUAAAUUGAAUAUCUAAAGUGAUACAUUUUUCUCAUUUCCCUGCAUACAGCCAGGAGAAUGUUCAUUUGCACGUAAAUUUGUUAGAUAAAAAAACAUGUGAAGUAGGAAAGGGUUAAAAACCACCCAUAAGCAAAAGUGUUGAGCAGGUCAGGUGGAGAGAGGAAGUCAUUAAGCAUAUGAUCUGGAAGUUGAAUGAGAGAAGACAGUGUGUGUGUGUUUUUACUGAUCUAGGGUUGAACUCAGUGAAGCUAGAAGUGAGGCCUGUGUUACAUCUUGUUGUCCAGGCAUUGGGUAGGUAAUACAAAGAUAGAAAUGUGACUUGAAAUUAGCUCCAUUUCAUUAUUUAUUCAAUCUUGUCUUCAUAGCCUCUCAUCCAGAUGAAUGAUGCUGCACAUUUACUUGAAGAUAUUACAAGUUUAAUAUUCUUUUGGCCUGUUUCUUGGGAUGGGGAUGAUGCCUGUUCUGCUUUUUAAUGAGUUCUGAGGUGGCCGAUGUGAGGAUUGUACAUUUUCCACACAGCGUGUGGAUAAUACUGGGGAAGUUGCAUUGCCUUUCAAAGGGAACUGGCCUAUACUUUGCAUACCAAAUCACCUGGCUAUGUUGGAAGGAUAAUGGAGUAUGUAGUGGGGUGUCUUUUACAAAGAGAAGGUAUAGCUAUGUGCUGUUAAACCUGAUUCAUAUUUCCUAAAUGUUAAAGGACUUUAUCAUCAAACAAUGUUCCCCAUUCAAAGGUGGAUGAAAAUCCAAACUAUCCCCAACAAACUGGCAAGACUAGAUUAGGACACGCCAUAGGACUAGUUAACAUGCAACAUGAACAUUUCACUGUACCUCGGUACAUGUGACAAUAAACUAAACUAAAACCCAGGAAGAGGUGCAGCAGAGGGUGGGAUACGUCAAUUGAAAAUGUGUUGGUCUAUUAGUAGAUUAUUUUUAAACUAAGUAUUAAUUUCAAUGAACAUGGGGGGGGGGGGAAAGCUCCUAGCACACUAAUAUGUUCUGAUUGAAUGUGCUCAAGGAACUAAAGAGCCUAUUAAUGUUUCUGUGUUGCCCUGUUAGAUGAUUAGGCAUGUUGAUAUCCUUGUGUUUUCAUGUUUGAAUUUAAGGAUAAAAAUUCAGGAGAAUAGACCUAAAAUUGUUUCGAUAGAUUAAAUGAUCUUCUUUGGAUUAUAUUUAGCAACUUUAAGAGAAUGUGGUGGUUUAUAUUUUAGAAAGUGCUGUGUCUUUACGGUGGAUUCAUCUUUAAUUCAUUAGAACUCUGCAAUUCCAAGUGUUUGUUAGCCAUCAACCAGGUGUUUCCUCCAUGUCCAUUCCUCUUGUAUCUAGCCAGCCGUUACUUGCACGAUGAACCUGAGGUCGGGCAAAGCCACGUCAGCAAAUCCCUUCAUUCCCCGCACUCCACGCUGCACUAAGGUUCGAGAUGGGCUCCUGGAAACGCCACCAGGAGGAGACUGUGGUGAGCCUUCCAAGACUGCACGUUCAGCAGGAAAAACCACACCCAGAGCUUCAUCAAGGGUGAGAAAGGCCAGGCGAGUUGUGACGUUUGAUAAUGUACCUGAUUCCUUCUCGACCACACCCGGAACCAAACGAUUACCAAGAAAACGCUGGCAGGAGGUGGAGUUUAAAAGAGGGUUUGACUCCACUUCCUGUGCAACAAAAUCCCACACACGGGUGAGGUUUCAUGAGGAACAUCACAGGCCGGUAACCAGGAAUAACCACAAUGCCAAGCAAACAUUGUCCGCGCUUCCAAUCUUCCCUUCAGCAACUCCUGACAUGGAUACCAAUAGAAAUUUGGACCGAGGCUCUGUGCCCCUGGAGUGGAUUUUCUCCAUCAAUGUCUCAAUGGAUGCGACCUCGCUUUGUGCCAAGAAAGAAACCUUUAAUCAGUAUAAAUUCUUCAAGGAAUUUCAAAGCUCGACAGAAGAUUCACUUCAAAAAUCCAUUCUUCCGCUUAAAACCCGCAGCGUCCCUGAUUACUCGCUCGUUCUGGGGCUGGACGAAACUCUUGUCCAUUGCCAGCUGGCUCCCAUGGAGAAUCCAGACUUUGUAUUUUCUGUCCACUUUCAGGAUAAAAACUAUCAGGUCUACGUGAGACUGAGGCCUUACUGCAGGGAAUUCCUCGAAACCAUCUCGCAGUUCUACGAGAUUAUCCUCUUCACCUCUGCUACCAAAGAUUACUCUGACAAAGUGUUGGAUAUACUGGACCCACAAAGGCGGAUUAUCAGGCAUCGUCUACACCGGAAACACUGCACCAGUGUCAUGGGCAGCUACGUCAAGGAGCUGAUGGUCCUCGGCAGGGAUCUGGCAAAGACUGUGUUUGUGGACAGUUCUGCUGAAGCUUUCGUUGGUCAGACUGCAAAUGGGAUUCUAGUCAAAAGCUGGCUCGAGAGUCACAGCGACCAGGAGCUCCGCAAUCUCAUCCCGCUUUUGCAGAAAUUGGCAGAACUGGUAAGGCGUUGGUGGGCAUCCAAGACUGAUGGAUCUGCUCUCUCUGGCUUUCGGUGCAUCCUGGAAUUUGAUAUCUGCACUGCAGACAGCUGUGCCUUUAGUUGCCAAUGCCCUUGACUCUGCAGCAAAAAUGAAAAACAUGCUGGAGGUAUUCGUCAGACAAGCCAGAGGUCCACUUCCCUUCACUUCCCUCCUGGCCCAUUGAGUUCCUCCAGAACUUUGUCCUUUGCUUGAGAUCCCAACAUCUGCAUUCUCCUGUGUUCUUAUUCUCUGGAAUUCCCUUGUAAAUACCUCCUCCCUUUGUGACUAUUUUUACAUCAAUACCUCAAUCUGACUUGACAUCUCUCAAAUGUUGCUUCUGCUGUAAAACACCUUCAAACAUCUUACUAUGUUGACAGGUAAAAUAGAAAUGCAAAUUGUUUUUCUCUAAUCUACUGAACCUUAAUUAAUGAAUUAGCAACUUAAAGAUCUUGAGUGGAGUUUAGUUUAUUGUCACGUAUACAGUGAAGGUACAAUAAAAAGAUUUUGUUGCGUGCU